AUGGGUGCUAAAACUUCUAAAUUAUCGAAAGACGAUCUCGCGAGUCUUAAACAGUCGACAUAUUUCGAUCGACGUGAAAUCCAACAAUGGCACAAAGGCUUUCUUAGGGACUGCCCCUCUGGAACGUUAACGAAGGACGAAUUUACCAAGAUAUACAAACAGUUCUUCCCCUUUGGGGCCCCAGAGGAGUUUGCCAAUCAUGUUUUCAAUGUCUUUGACAGGGACGAAAACGGCACAAUCGACUUCAAAGAGUUUAUAUCGGCGCUCAGCACCACUUCCAGGGGCACGCUGGAGGAAAAGCUGGUAUGGGCUUUCCAGCUCUACGAUCUGGAUCACAACGGGUUCAUCUCGUACGACGAGAUGCUUACAAUCGUUUCCAGCAUAUACAAGAUGAUUGGUUCGAUGGUAAAACUGGAGGACAACGAAGCUACACCUGAGUUGCGUGUCAAAAAGAUAUUCAAGCUGAUGGACAAAAAUGAGGAUGGUGAGAUCUCCCUGGAGGAGUUUCGUGAAGCGUCCAAGGUCGAUCCCUCAAUUGUAAGUGCUCUGAACCUUUACGACGGUUUGGUGUAG